UAAUCCAAAUUUCUCUUAUCUUUUUUUUUUCCUAUUUUUAAAAAAUUGUUGGGAUGGCAAGUCUUAUCCCAAUCGCCAUAUCCUUCUCUUCCACGGCGAAACCUCGGUCUCCGUCCACUGCGCAGAACCACCGCGUUGCGCCUCACGCGCCACCGUCUCCACCACACAUUCUCUCUCGCAGAGAUGCCGCUAUCCUCUCCUCCGCCUCUCUUCUCUUCUCCCUUUCUCCCUCUGAUCCCGCCUUUGCGUUCUCCCUCGGAAUCUCAGGACCCAAGGAAUGGCUGAAAGAGCAGAAGAAGAAGUCAUCGAGGUUCUUGCUUGCUCCGAUCGAUGCAUCGCGGGAGAGCCUCCGCUCUGCAUAUCGUUUACUCACGUCUAGGGACUCCGAUUUUACGGAUAGCGAUCUCGAGGAGCUUCAGAGGCUCUUAAAGUCUUCUGGAAGAGACUGCGUUCCCGAAGAUAGAAAUUCUCUUGUGGAUUUCCAGUCCAAAACCGGAGUUGAGGUUUGCACGUUCAAGUUGGUCGUGAAGAAUGCGGCUUCUUUGCUGGAUAGUAAGGAUCCUCUCAAAUUGGCAGCCGAGAAUACGCUAGAUGAUCUUGUUAGGUCCUUCAGUUCACUCAACGGGCUGGCAAAUGGAAUCGAUAUUAAACUUCCUUCAGAUAGAGCGAAGAUUGCAGAUGCUCUUGCGGAAACUAUUUCUCAUCUUGACAAGUUUGAGAAAGGCGUCAAGGACUGCCUUGAGAUCUGAGUUGGGAUUUUGGCUCCCAAGUAGCUCUCUUUCUUCUUCAGCAGUCACUGCACUCGCUCCCCCUUCAGCCUUGAUCUUUGUCAUUAUUGGUUUAGUUUAUAUAUAUAUAAGAGAUGAUAAUUUCCAAAAACACAUUUCUAUUCUUAGUUAUUUUUAUUCAAUCUAGAAAGAUUAUUGUUUUCAAUUUGUCAAAAACAUUUCCGACAUGUUUGACCACAGAGCUUUACA